UAGCUUCGAAAAUCUUAAAUUAGUAUAAAAAUUUAAUGUUUUCUGGUUUUGAACUUUGAAAGCUGUUUUGUUUUUAAUUUUUUUUCUUGAAUUUUUUUUAACGAAACAAGCUGUUUGAGCUUAAAAUCCAAAUGAAUUAUUGAUAGAAAUCUAAAGGAAAAAAAAACACUAAUUUUUUUCAAAAAUUAAAGUUUAACAAUGGAGUCAAAAGAAUUUGUAACUACUACUACUGCUACUGCUGGAGUUACAGUGGUAGGAUCCGAUUCUCCAUCGGACUACCACAUAGCUCCAAGGUCCGAAAACUCAACCCAAAACCCGAACCCGACUCCCGGAUCCGCUCCACCGCCGCAGCCCCAUGCGACGCAACCGGGACCUCCGCCGCCGGUUUCAGUGUCGGGGAUGCCAGAGAAGAAGAAGAGGGGAAGGCCUAGAAAAUAUGGACCGGACGGUUCAGUCACUAAAGCGCUCUCUCCGAAACCGAUAUCAACAUCUGCGCCAGCGCCACCUUCGGUUAUCGACUUCUCUGCCGUGAAGAGAGGGAAAGUGAAAUCUCCGAUAUCGUUUUCAAAGGCCAAGAACGAGCCGGAGAAUUUAGGUGAAUGGGUUCCAUGUUCUGUCGGAGCUAAUUUUACGCCGCAUAUCAUCACUGUUAAUGCUGGUGAGGAUGUCACAAUGAAGAUUAUAUCAUUUUCCCAACAAGGGCCUCGAGCUAUAUGUAUUCUCUCUGCAAAUGGGAUCAUCUCAAGUGUCACUCUUCGGCAACCAGAUUCUUCCGGGGGUACAUUGACAUACGAGGGUCGUUUUGAGAUACUGUCCUUGUCCGGUUCUUUCAUGCCCAAUGAAAGUGGAGGAACAAGAAGCAGAUCUGGCGGGAUGAGUGUUUCAUUAGCAAGUCCAGAUGGACGUGUAGUAGGUGGUGGAGUCGCUGGACUCCUAGUAGCUGCUGGUCCCGUGCAGGUUGUAGUAGGCAGUUUUCUGGCCGGGAACCAGCACGAACAGAAUCUGAAGAAACAGAAGCACGACUCUGUAACAAUAUCAGCUGCCACACCAAUGGCUGUUAUUCCCAUUUCUAGUGCCGAUCCCAAAUUAAACAUCUCCUCAUCUUUCCGUGGCGAUACUUGGUCGCCGACUGAUUCAAGAAAUAAGCCCACUGACAUUAAUGCAUCUCUGCCUGGAGGCUAAUAUAAAACAUUACAAUGUUUGAUAUCAAAAGCGUCAAUGAAUUUCAUUCUCACCGUAGUUGUCAUUAUUGUUGUUGUUGUUGUUGUUGUUGCUGUUGUUGUUGUUUUAUGUGUAAGUUUAUCGACUUCUCACAAGUACCGACAUGUUCAUGUCCGGCUCGGGUUUGGUUUACCCAAUUUAUUUUUCUCUAGUAGCUAGUCUUUUCAGUGUAGAAUAUUGAGUGUACUGUUUUAGUGAGAGAGAGCAUUAGCCUUUCUUCCAAGUUAUGGAUUUGUGAUUGAGAAAAAACCAAUGUAUUUUGAACAUCUCAAAUUCAUUGCUAAUGGAUAAUUUAUGUAGCUUCAGAUUA